GGUGUCCGCCAGUAUAAUUUCUCGCGCGGCAGAGUCUACAUGAACGCAUCAGAAAUCAAGGCCACCCAAGCCUCCGUAGCUCCUCCGCUCUACUUCUCCAUCUCCAUCUCCGAACAGCGACGCCACGAAUUCCAACGGAGGCUGGAGCUAUGCCACGAACAGUUGUCGGAGUAAAAGCUAGAUAGUCUUGGGCUAUACCUUUCCACCUAGGUCAGUUGGUCCAGUCGCUUACAAAAAGAAAAGAAACUAAUGCAAGCGCGAAUUGCUUCAAGUUGUUUUAGGGCUCGGGGGCUCUUUUUCGACAGAGCAGAGACGGUGAUUGUGAAUUCCUGUCGCAUGUCGUUUCGUCACAAUCCCAUCAUUAUUCCCUCUCGCCCUUUUUGUUCUCAAACAUUCGUGUCAUGCCAAUCUCGUCGUAUAUUCACUAGGCAACUCUCCACCAAGCAUAAACCAUGGGAAUCUUCAAGAACCGUCCCAUAUCUUCAUAACACAUCGAUGCCUUCCUCUCAGAUUCCCCGACCAGGCCUCCCCAACAUCUUAUUUGAUGAACAGGGUCCGAUACCAAAGGGGCUUGCAAUGUUUUCGACAUCAACUGGGGGAGAUGUAAUGGGUGCAAUACAGGAUGCGAAACAAGUGAAGUCUACGACGGUCGUGAAAGGGGUCGUUUCAGAAGAGGGAAUUCCAAGCACCAAAAUUGUUAGUACUCUUGCAAAAUACUUACGGAUGAAAGAUAAUCUUGAAUUCCGUUUGCGGGUGAUCGCUGCUUUGGGUUUCUUGGUUGCUGCCACGAUACUGAAUGUUCAGGUGCCUUUCUUAUUUAAGCUUGCUGUUGAUUGGCUAAACACGGUAACAGGAAACGCCAGUGCUCUUGCUGACUUCACUUCUGCUAAUUCGACUGUUUUAGCUCUGUUUGUGAGCCCAGGAGCCAUUUUGAUUGGAUAUGGUAUAGCACGGUCAUGGGCUUCUGCUUUCAACGAGUUGCGAACUACAGUGUUUUCUAAGGUUGCACUGCGAACAAUUCGAUCAGUUUCGAGGAAGUUGCGAACUGCAGUGUUUUCUAAGGUUGCAUUGCGAACAAUUCGAUCAGUUUCGAGGAAGGUAUUUUCACAUUUGCUUGAGCUCGACUUACAGUAUCAUCUUAGUCGAGAAACAGGUGCAUUGAGUCGGAUCAUUGAUCGUGGUAGCCGUGGUAUUAAUUUUAUUCUUUCAUCUAUGGUGUUCAAUGUUGUACCAACAAUCUUAGAGAUCUCCAUGGUAUCAGGUAUUCUAGCAUACAGUUAUGGAGCCCCUUUUGCAUGGAUCACUUCCUCGUCAGGUGUUGCUUAUGUGGCAUUCACGUUGUUUGUGACACACUGGAGGACUAAGUUUAGGAAGGCAAUGAACAAAGCUGAUAACGAUGCAAGUACAAGGGCAAUUGAUUCACUUAUUAAUUAUGAGACCGUAAAGUAUUUCAACAACGAGGCAUUUGAAGUUGCGAAAUACGAUGAAUUUUUGAAGAGAUAUGAAGAUGUUGCCUUGAAAACACAACAAAGUCUUGCAUUUUUGAACUUUGGGCAAAAUGUAAUAUUUAGCAUGGCUCUGUCAGCAGCUAUGGUGCUGUGCUCACUUGGGAUUAUGGAUGGCAAGAUGACAGUUGGUGAUUUGGUGAUGGUAAAUGGGCUCCUAUUCCAGCUGUCUCUUCCUCUCAACUUCCUUGGCAAUGUAUAUCGGGAGACUGUACAAAGUCUUAUCGACAUGAAAUCCAUGUUUCAGUUACUUGAGGAGAGGGCUGAAAUUAGAGAUGAUGAUGAUGAUGCGAAACCUUUGAAAUUGGAUGGGGGCAGCAUUCAAUUUGACAAUGUUCACUUCAGCUAUAUACGAGAAAGAAAGAUUCUUGAUGGGAUAUCCUUUUUUAUUCCAGCUGGAAAAAGUGUGGCUAUUGUUGGAACCAGUGGUAGUGGGAAAUCAACCAUUCUUAGAUUGCUCUUCAGGUUUUUUGACACCGAUUCUGGACAUAUUCGGAUAGAUGGCCAAGAUAUACAGAAGGUGACACUUGAGAGUCUUCGGAAGCUUAUUGGUGUGGUUCCACAGGAUACAGUACUGUUUAAUGAUACAAUAUUUCACAACAUUCAUUAUGGUCGACUUUCAGCAAUGGAAGAGGAGGUUUAUGAUGCCGCUAGAAGGGCAGCAAUUCACGACACCAUUAUGAAUUUCCCAGACAAAUAUUCUACUGUGGUAGGGGAACGAGGGCUUAAGCUGAAGAGAUGUGUAGAUUGGUUAUAUUGGGUGAAAAUUACCAUGGUUGAUCAGUAUACUAGAAUCUCCCUCUGCAUUAUCUCAGCUGAUUUUCCUUGCAUUAUCAAAUUUUCUUUCCGUCAGCUAAGCGGUGGUGAGAAGCAGCGGGUGGCUCUAGCUCGUGCAUUCUUAAAAGCACCAUCCAUUUUGUAA